CCUCGCAUACAACGCUCCAUGACACCACGAAUCUCUAUCGUGAAAUUAAACAACGAGCUUCAUAUAACAAAAAGUGUUCUUUGUUCACUUUAAUUUGCUGACUCAUAACUAUAACGUUUAAUUCGUGUUAUUUAGGUUUACUGUCGAAUGCGGUGUGAGGUUUGAAGUGCUACCUCAGUUCGACUCGGCUUGGAGAUCAGAUUGAAGAACAGCGGACGCUUUGUGUUACAGUAACGAAAUAAUUGAGAAAUAACGACAACGCCAUUAACUUUGCAGGAGUAGCGUUAUUGUUGUCGAAACUUUCACGCAAUAAGGGUCCGGCUGUGAUAAUAUUUGGCAGAAGACGAGAUCCUAGACAAACACAGACUACUUUCGCUGAAUUCGACGAUCACGGGUUAGAAUGAAGAACAUCUAUGCGGCGUCUGAUACUCCAUCAUGCCGUUUGACAAAGGCUCAUCGAGCUAGAAAUGAACGAUGAAAACGAACUAAAUUUUGGAUCUGUACAAGCCUGUUUUGUGCUAACAUUCUAGAUAUGCAUAAGGCCUACUUCCAAAGCCGGAUACAAAAAUUCGAUACAAAGUGAUUUUAUCAUUCGACGUGAAUUAAAACAGGUCAACAUGCCGCCUUUGGAUACGAUAGCAUCACAGGAAUCAACUACACUAAAUAAAUCAACAGCAGCGCCAACCUCCGCGAGUCUGCUGGCUCCUUCAAAUCAGUCCACCGAACCUCAGCCGGGGGUUGCCAGAGUGAGCGUAGAAAAUGAAAAACCACGCGCUGUGCCUCAAAGAAAGGUUACCAGAAUAAUGGGUGUCGAGUUCGCACCAAUCAAUACACCCCUUGAGAGACGGCUGCAGACGUUCUCAGUCGCCGCUAUGAGCCUUUCGUUCGCUUUUGCAGGUCUCGGUGGCUGCAUCCUCAGCUUUUACUUAAUCUCCUUUACCUCCUACUAUUGGAUACCUCUUAUUUACUUGGCGUGGUACAUCUACGAUCUGGACAUUUGUGAACGAGGGGGAAGACGCGCAAUUUGGCUGAGGAAGCUCCGCCUUUGGAAAUACAUGAGGGACUACUAUCCCGUUCGAUUAAUUAAAACCGCUGAAUUGCCAGCUGAUAGAAAUUACAUUAUAGGAUAUCAUCCACACGGAAUCAUAGGUUCGGGUGCUAUUGUAAACUUCGCUACUGAAGCAACAAGGUUUAGUGAAACAUUUCCGGGAAUUGUACCAUAUACGCUCACACUACGUAUGAACUUCCUAUUUCCGUUUUAUCGCGAGCUACCUCUCCUCUACGGUAUGUGUUGUGUUUCAAAGAAAUCACUUGAAUGGAUUCUAAACAAUAGGGGCAAAGGAAACGCCGCUGUAAUUGUUAUCGGUGGAGCUCAAGAGGUUCUCGACGCUCACCGUGGAAGCGAUUAUCAUUUGACCCUAGCACACCGAAAGGGAUUUGCCAGAGUGGCACUGGAGAAUGGGGCCGAUCUGGUUCCAGUAUUUUCCUUUGGAGAGAAUGAUAUUUUUUACCAAGUUGAAAACCCGCCAGGAUCAAAACUUCGAGCCUUCCAGGAACGCUUUAAGAAGCUUUUUGGGAUAUCACCUGCAAUUUUUCAUGGAAGAGGCGUUUUUCAAUACACGUGGGGUUACGUACCUUUCCGAGCGCCCAUCACCACAGUCGUUGGAUCUCCAAUCCACGUCGAUCGGGUAGCAAAUCCAACGCAGGAACAAGUGGACGAAUUGCAUACGAAAUAUAUUGAGCAACUGAUUGAUCUCUUCGAAACGUACAAACAUCGAUGUGGGGAAUCGGCCAAAAAAAUUGUGCUUGACUAAACAAACGCCUGUGCGUCACACAAAAAAAUCAGCUCUAAUGAGCUGUACGUGUACGUUUUGUCACCUGAAGCACAAAAACAAUAAAUUACUUGAAUAUAGAGGGAGUAUAUAAAAUGUGCCUUGAUGUACAGUAGACUACUUAGUUGAAAUAUGUGGACGGAAGCACACUUUUGUAUUUGUACUUUUUUGUAAGAUAUACAGAAAAAAAAAUUAGCUUAAUUGCCGUUGUGAGAUUAUUAAUAAUAUAUCAAUAAUAAUAAUAAUUCGCCACAGAACAUGAACAUUUAUAAAUUGCUUACAGAAUCAAUAUCAGCCUUCAAGUCCGUUUGUUUUGUGGUUCCAAUUCUUUUUGUAUAGAAGCUAGAAAUGGACGGAACACAUUAUCUAGUUUUAGCCAAGUUUAAUGCUAUUACUCAUUCGUUCUGUUAAUUUUCAUUUCUGCGCGAGUCUCUUUCACUGUCCAUUACAGGGAUUGAUCGAUUUAGCCUCUGCAAUCUUUCUCCGUUACGACAAAAAGGGGCGAAAACGGCCUUCCUAACGUUGACAGUGGUUGAACUUGUAACACGACCGAAGCGACCUGCUGGCCAGUCUUCGCAUGUAUUUAUACGUACGAUGUCGUGCGAAUAGACAAUGUUUAUGUACAUGUCAAUACGGUGCAUUGAAUCAUGGCUGACGUAGCUGUUCAUGUGUAAAUUUCUCUCUCUUAUUCCGUUCAUUCUAUGAUGACUGUGUGUGCAGAAGUGUGAAGUAAUUGUGUUUCUUCAAUCAUCAUUUUUCUCUCUUGCCUGCUUCAUGCUAGACGACGUUGAGCGACGUAUUGAGCGCGAGCUGAGCUGAGGUGCGGUGCCCUGUGAUGUUGAGGCUACGUCAGCUCGUGCGUAUAAGGGAGCACGUGUAAACAGAACGCGCUUCGUUUGUCGGACACGAUGGCAGGGGCAUGUUUCUCUUCUCCUCCUUUGAUUUAUUAUUCAUUCGCCUUCGUCUACUAGUCAUCGUGGUUGUCGUCAUAGUCGUCGGCUAUUGUAAGUAAAUCACUCUGAUUUGAUGCAACCUCAAAUCAUGGCCUGGUCCGCUUGUCGUUAGUUCCUUCUCUCCGCAUCCGGAGGAGGCUGGCUCGUCUACGGAUAACGUCCGCUCGCAGUCAUUAUUAUUGUUACGUAGUACAGAGACCCCGCCAGUCCCUCCAGAGUGGUCAGAUGAACAGGUUUAUUCCUUACCCCACCCCCUUCCCCCCGGGUCAAUCAGACCUGAGCUCCUACUUUAGGAUACUACAAAAGGUUUGCUGCGACGUCCUCAGAAUCCAACUGUCACUCCACCUUUUUUUAUCGGUCUUUUCCGCUUGUGUCGGCUGUUACCCUCUUCAUUGGGACAGUUACUCCUUCGAGAUGUCGUCGCUGUUCGGGCUUCAAUAUACCUUACUCUCUAAUCCAACAAAACUGCCUCUUUUUGUCUAAGUAUAUAUGCAUGUGUUUGUACGUCUAAUACUAUUUCUUGUUUAUCGUUUACGGUUGUAACCGGUUGCGCAGUAUGUACAGAUGAGCACACCGUCUGAACAUAGUUAUAUCGAAGCAGAGAUAUAUAGAGUGUCUCGCCAUGUCGAUCAAUGCCUUAAGAACCCUAAAGAUGUUAUAGCCGUUUGUGGUAUCUAUUGCUGCGUCUCCUUUCGGGUGCUAAAAAUAAUUUCACUUCUAGGAGAAUAAGAAAGUCGUACAUAUCGAAUAACAGUUGCAGGAAUCUAUAGUUUGUAUCUACUUUAACUAACUAUAGCUGAACCUAUGGUAAGUAGUUUAGUGCCAUUAGUAGCAAGGUGAUCCGGUCUCUCUGCCUUUCAAGAUGCCGCCGGCAUGUCCUCACAACAGGUUGCUGAACGGAUCAACGGAAAAAAGGCUGAGAAUAGGGAGGCAGUAGUGAUAGUAAGUAACGUGCUCUGUAACACAUGCCGAUGGUGCGGGGGAGUCGUCAACGUCGACAGUUCGCCUCCGCUAGCAGUUUCGUUUUGUCCUUUAGCGGGAUUCCUUCACCCGCUGUCCUGCAACCGAAAAUGAACCAUAACGAGUGAGUGAAUGACAAGGGCCGAGUGCGACUUGUCCGCGUCAGCGUCGGCAAUUCGAAGAUCGCAGAUCGUUGUAACGUGAUUGUGGCAAGGCGAUUGUAACACGUCAAACGGACGUACCGUCUGCGACUGCACUGUCUGUUGUUGCCACAGCAGCAAAGACGCCGAAGACGUUUGUCGUACUUUGUCGGUCGCUUCUCCAACGAUUUUCUGUUAGGCCGAAUAGCAAACGACGCGCGGGGGAGAUCUUUUGUUACUGCUGAUUUGAUCCAUUGUCAGCAAAGUUUAUCUGGCUGGCUGGCAGGCAUUGUUCGAUCAAAAAGAUGUUUUUGGGUAGUUCCGCCGAUGGUGCAGUAUUGUUAUAGAGAUGAGAAUUACGAUUGAACAGUCAAAUUCGCUGAUUUGACUUGACCAUAUCUACCAGGCACACUUUUUCACACAGGCACAUGAAACUGGGCCCGUAUAUUCUAUAAUCGUAACCGUAUACACUUCGCGUGCCGUGAUACCUUCAGCAAUAACGUGCUACUCUAAUUUUCAAUGAGAUGAAGUUCGCCUAGUUUGAAUUCGCGCAUAGACAUCGUUUCCAGUGUAUCAAACUAACACAAAUGAUAAUAACAAUGGCUUGAAAUUAACCGAUUUCCAGGUGUCAAGAACAAGGUAAUCUCGUUACCUAUACUAAAUUACAUCGAGUCAAUCGUGUAAGCCCCACUGACAGCGUACACCAUACCGAGGGCUGGUUGCCAAUUGUUAUUCAAUUGGACGAACAUUAUAUUAGUUUACCUCUUGUCCCGUAUCCUCUUUUAGGCAAAGGCUAUAGACAGACAGAAAGCGUAUCAGUAAACAACAGGCGCCAAUAGCUGUGAGCGAUUGAUGACGCUUUUCAAAAGUCAGUGAAGCCCUACGCUGUACUAAAUCAUCUGAUCACGAAGAUCCGGCUUACAUGUAUAGGUAUUAUGUACUGCACGUAGUUAAUAGAUAGCUAAUCCAGCUUAAUACUAUUUUUUAGCGCUGUAAUGCUGGCUACUUUCGGAAUACCAAUUAUACUGAUAAGAAAUAGCGGUCUAUCUAACGGGUUGUGCGCUACAAGUAAAUGGGUUAAGCAGGUCUGCCGAAGCAUUAGAAUGGGCUACGAGAAACAGUUCACAAUCGCAAAUCGGUCUGAUAAACAAUCUGGUGUCAUCUUUGCUUGUUAUUACCUCUUUAAGCUCUAAUAUUUCAACUUCCUCCGUUCGCUUUAUAACACGUGCUACAUCACAUAUGUCGAACGCGAAGUUGAAAAGUUCAUUUGACAUAUCGAAUUUUAUUAGAGUCGAUCAACAAAUCCGUGUGAAAAAAAUGCAUACAUGUAGGGUCGAGAAUUAAUCAAAGAAAAAAAUACUGAAUUUGUACAACAUGAGGCAGAUGUGGACGUGGCCUAAAGCAACCAGUAGAUAUAAGGAAUAAACUAUUUUCAAAGAAAACGUGCAAAAAUAAGUGUACGAAGCAAUACUAAGUAUUUUAUUUACCUGUGCCUUGUUCAUUGCAGCUGGAUAAAGGCUCCGCAGCGCUGAACAUGUGCAUUCGAAUAGUCGUUCUAGAUAUAUUAGAAGAUUGAAAUGGCGGUGAGAUUGCUAUACGUUUGAUAACAAUCACAUUGCGCAGAAGAGUUCAAAACGCUUAGCACCUGAUCAAUAGAAAAUCACGUGAGCAACAUACGAGAAUUUCGUCUAUCCGUUAACCUCUAUCUUUUCGAAGAAUAUUCAUAUAUCAUAGCUGUUUGAAAGUGAUCAGACCCCUAUAUUAUAGCAUAUCUCGGGGCUAUUCUUGUCCGAACAUCACAAAAUUCACCAUUACCGCAGUCGUCGUCGUCGAUGAUGAUGGUCACUACAGUCAGCCACCCCCGUCGCUCUGAUAGCUGUACAACAGUUCUAUAUGGUCCGCCCCUCUGUCACGACAGGCUUCAACAGAUCGCGGACGAAAUUAAAUAAAGAUGUCUAGUCUACCACAAGCUCUACUACUGUUCCUUCUUCUGCUGCUGCUGCUGCUGCUAUUACUUGAACUAUGCGACGUAUAUAUGUAUAUGCAACUAUGACGAUCGCCACGCACUACAAGUACGCGCAUAGGACGAAGGACGUCUCUAUGAACUUACCUGUCCUGAAUUACCUUCUAAAAUCAUACGUACAUGUGCAGUCAGCGCGUAGAAAUGAAACGGAAGAAUAAUAUAAAAAAAAAUGAAGAAGAAGAAGAAGAAAACCAUAGACAGAUAAGGGAGAGAACGAUAGAAAAAGAGAGAGAUUUUACAAGCAAACAAGUAGAAGCACCGUGGCCGAAACUACGCUGGCUGUGGUAACCAUAACCUCAUAGCUCUACAGGCCCGUUCCGUAGCAGUACGAUUAUUUGCAGCUACUACCACGGUUGACUGAACCAUCGAAGUCUCGCUUAGGUCCGCAAUGACUAUAACUUGGCUGAGCGAUUGGCUAACUCGGGUCGAUCGAUCUAGUCGGACAUCUUCAAACAACGCGGAUGCACCAGCACUGAUUGAAGAACGCAAGCGAAGCCAGUUACCAGUAGAAAUGGCUCGAGAAACAGAAAAAUCCUACCAUUACAUCUCCUAUUUUCUUUACGGUAAGCCCGUUUUCCUCUCCAUCGGCUCGUCUGCACUGGUCGUUCGUCAGCUGGAGCUUUUGAUAUUGCUUACUUACUCCUAACGCCUGAUACCUCGAGGAAUUGAUAAGCACAUAUGGAUCACUUUCGUCCAUAUUGGUUGAUUUAUGCUGCUAAAUAUGUUUAGGUGGCGGGAGUCGCUAGCGCAAGUUUCACUUAUUAACGUAUGCUUCACUACAUAUGUGAUAAAAUCUUAAAAAAAACACAUCUUAUUGUCUGUUCUUAUAAAAUUUGUUGUAAAAAAAUUUGUUCUUCUAGAAUUGCGACAAAUUAUACCGUGCCGCUGAGAAAAACAGAUAUAAGCCAAUCACAAACACCAAAGAUUAGCAGCUAUCAUAAAUAUUAAUUAAUAACGAUAAUAAAUUUAUAGUUUCCAGAAACUGCGAUCGAAUGUGGUGAAGACCAUCGAUAUACGAUCAUUUGAAAGAUGUUCUGUAAUACGAUUCAGCGUCCGUCAAAUCUACAUGCUUAUUUUGGUCCAUGUCUCCUGCUUCAUAAAAUAACAAUUAGAUAGAUAGGUUUCGGUGGUUAUUGUUUUGUCAACCGUUGACACGACCACAUCUGCUGCUUAAACUAGAGUUGGAACAUGCGUCCAUCGUCAAUACGAGAAUAAAUUGCAAAACGUGUAAGAAGAGCUUAGAAACGCGCAUCACUCGCUUUGUCAAUGACAGAAAGCGUUGGAACGAUCUAGCAUUUGUGUCUUUUUAGUUGGCGUUGAUUGGUAGCGUUAGUCCACGGCUGGAAUAUUGGGAAAUUUCAAAACUGGUUUUGGUAACAAUACAUUAGCAAACUGUAAGAUUUUGACAGAUACAGAUUGACUCGUUGAACGGCAGUUGGUGACGCAGUGACGGAUACUAUAUAUAUAUAUAUAUAUAUAUAUAUAUAUAUAUAUAUAGUGUCGACAUUGGUCUAUAAUUUACUGGCUUAGAACCUAUUUUAUUUGAAUAGAAUACAUUUCUUCAAUACCUAUGUUACCUAUACUAUCUCCUCAAUAACUAUGCCACAGUCCAUUUUGAAACCAUUGAAAUGCAUCUCUGUCAGUUCUCAAAGUGAAAUCAAUGUAAUAGUUAUUGAAAUUUGUAUGUGAAGUUUUCACUGGCACGUAAUUUCCA